GAGAACGCAAGCUCCGUGUCUAUGUGUUACGAAGUGUGUGCAGUCUCUCUGGCAACGUGUACGGCUCGACAACACGGACUCGUCGAGGAGGUUAGGACGAACCGCGAUCGUGGUGCCGGUGGUGGUGGGCUGCGUGCGUUUCCCCGAGAAGAGCGCGCCACGACAGAAACGUGUGCCUCUGCCUAGUGUCUGCGUGCCAGCCCGCUCGCUCAGCCGCUUCUGGUGAAUUCGUAUGGUGAAUUAUUGAUCCGCGGCGGCGUGUGCGUGCGGAAAAACCGCGCGAGAGUAUAAGAAUCGUAUUUAACCGAGGGUAGAAAGAACGUGUCGAACAGGAGGUAUAGAAAACGUUGGAAAGAUAGCACCGGGCUGGUUGUGUAUAUACCGGUGCGGUGUCUUGUUUUGAAAACUGUGCGCGCGCGAAAACGCACUCCCGCGACAUACGUACAUACACAUACAUAUAUCGCAUAGUUUCUACGAGUCAGGAGGUGGAGCAGUGGUGGUGGCAGCGACGGAUUUUCUUUCCCCUAGGCGGGACCAAGCGAAGUGUUCGCACAUAUUCCAUUGCUCCCAACGUAACGUGCGUCUACGUGUCUUUCUCCUUUCCUGUCAUUCUCCCUGUCUCUCCCUCUCUUCUCGUCCUCCUUCUUUCUCUCCCUCUAUCUCUUUCUCUAUCACUCUCGUCCGUUUCCCCGCUCUUUGUCCACGUUGUCGCGUGUUAUACGUGUGUGAGUUUCUCUCCGUCUCGCUCUGUCUGCGUUACCUUCGUCGCGUGUGCGUCAAACGAAACUAAACGCGGGAAAAGCUCCGGCGCGAAAAUAUAUCCAUAUUCAAGGGGGAAUGUAGACGGUGCUUAUCGCGUAACGCGGAGCGUUUUUCGUUACUCGGCCGUGUGAGUGCCCAGUGCUGAUAGAUUACGGUUUACGGAUAUUUUGACGAGACCAGAAGCCCCGAGCGAAAGUGUUGUCGUCGUCGUAAGACGACGGCGACGACGAAUCACAACAACGACAACCACCACGAUAAUACGUUCAAGAAACUCGAACGGGACGCUGUAGCUUUGUCGCGGUCUUUACUCGCGUCUUGAUAAUCCAGGACAAGCGAACCUUACCUCCACCACCGCGACUUGGAUGGAUACUGUGCAUUAUUUCUGGAGUGCACCCACGUCGCCGUCAUCCUGACCUGCCCGAGAAAUCCUCAUGAAAGACUGGGAACUCAGUACUCAGAAUAGCAUCGGCAGUGCGGUGGCUGCAGCCGACACCAUUUCCGCGCCGUGGACUCCAGCGAGUUCCGGGCCGCCGCCCGACGCGAACGGCUCCGGCUCGGAUACCAAGAACCUCGACGUUGGCGAAAUUAGCGAUGACGAAAAAGACUUAUCGGCAGCAGACGCGGAGGGUGUAUGGUCACCGGAUAUCGAACAGAGCUUCCAGGAAGCUCUCACUAUAUACCCACCAUGUGGUCGACGCAAAAUCAUCCUGUCCGACGAAGGGAAGAUGUACGGACGUAACGAGCUGAUCGCUCGUUAUAUCAAACUGAGAACGGGCAAAACGAGAACGCGAAAACAGGUCUCCUCACACAUACAAGUUCUCGCCAGGCGAAAACUUCGCGAGAUCCAAGCAAAACUCAAAGUGGAUCAUGUCGCCAAGGAGAAGGCGCUCCAGACAAUGUCGAGCAUGUCGAGCGCCCAGAUAGUAUCAGCUGGGAGUGCGAUACACAACAAGAUGCCCCCCGCCCUCGUGGGGCCCCUUGCCCUACACGCUUCCACCCCUGUCUCCUAUCCCGGAGCGCAAUUCUGGCAGCCGGGUCUGCAACCAGGAACGUCCCAGGAUGUCAAGCCUUUCUCCCAGCCGGCGUACACCGGAAAACCAGCGACGGCAGUGUCGAGCGGUGAUAUGGUUCAGGCUCAACCACCCCCACCUUGGGAAGGACGUGCCAUCGCGACCCAUAAACUCAGGCUUGUCGAGUUCUCGGCCUAUAUGGACCAACAAAGAGAUCAGGAUAUUUACCACAAACACUUGUUCGUCCACAUAGGAGGAUCCGCGACUUACGCGGAUCCGUUGCUAGAGGCUGUCGAUGUCAGGCAAAUAUAUGAUAAAUUCCCGGAGAAAAAGGGCGGCCUGAAGGAACUUUACGACAAGGGACCACAGGCAGCCUUCUUCCUCGUUAAAUUCUGGGCUGAUCUCAAUACGAACAUCCAGGAUGAAGCUAGAGCCUUCUAUGGUGUAACAAGCCAGUACGAGAGCAAUGAGAACAUGACGAUAACGUGUUCGACCAAAGUCUGUUCGUUCGGUAAACAGGUGGUAGAAAAAGUGGAGACAGAAUACGCUAGGUUUGAAAAUGGCAGGUUCGUCUAUCGUAUUAAUCGUUCGCCUAUGUGCGAGUACAUGAUCAAUUUUAUACAUAAAUUGAAGCACCUGCCAGAAAAGUACAUGAUGAACAGCGUUCUCGAGAAUUUCACCAUUCUCCAGGUUGUUACGAACAGGGAUACGCAGGAAACGUUAUUGUGCACAGCAUACGUGUUCGAGGUAUCGACGUCCGAGCACGGUGCACAACAUCAUAUAUACAGAUUGAUCAAGGAUUAACCUGCUUGAACCUGCUCGCCAUGCAGCCAUCCACCCCCAUCAGUGCCUACCAUCACAUAAAGAAAUCAUCCAUUACGCGCACAUACACAAUUACACAUAAUGAUAUUAACCCUCUGAAGUGUCUCGUGGUUGUUUUUAAAUUUUAUCCUCGUUCACAACGAUAUAAGUAUAAUUACCAAUUGAUUGUAAUAAUUUUAUAACUAUAAUAUUAAAAAGCUUGGAUUUUAAUUAAUUUGCAUGUCACAGAGGAGAUGUAGCUUUUAUAAUGUAUGCUUUCAAUUUUAACUAAUUACGAUCGUUCGAUUAGCUUUGACGGAUCUCUCUUAAAUAUACGUACUCUUCAAAGGGUUAAACGUGAAUACAUAAUUGUAAACACGCGUUACACUUUACACUUUUCGCGUCUACAUUUAAUAGAGUUUCUGUUGAAAAUGUUCUUACCACAAACCAAACGUCUUUAUUGAAAGAUCGUUUCAGACGUGAAUUCGGAUACAUAUAUAUAUAUAUAAUAUAUAUUUGACAAUCAUUGUAUAAACUAGAUAUGCGUUUAAUUAUAUCGUACGUUUAUUUCGAUUAAUCAAAUUACAUAUUUCAUUCAGUAUUUACGAACAUUUUCCAUGAAACUCCUUAAAGAGAACUUAAGAUUUACACGUGAACGCGCGCGCGCACAUCCACACAACACACAUACCACAUACACACUCGCGUUUACAGAUUAGAAGUACUGGCCAGCCUGAGCUUGAGUUUGAUUCAUUUGAAAUGAAAAAAAAAAAAUAAUAAGAUUGUAGUAAAAAUAAUUGGUAUGCGCGCUUUGACGUACCAUGGAAAAAAAAAGAUUUCCUCCGUGAAACACGGCAGGAACUGCGUUCCAGAUAUGACGGAAUUGUAAAUUUUAUAUCGAAACAAAUGUAAUCGUAUAUAUAUUUUAUGAAUAUUCCGUCAUUCACAUACAAAUGUUUCUAAUUCGUCGAAGUUUUAUUAAAGAGAUAUAAUAAAAGUUAAGUUAAAAUUGACGACAAUAAAUUUGGUAUGAAACAUUGUAAGUUGAGGAUAAUGUGUGUACCAAAAUAGAGAAAACAAAAAAAAUGGCAAAAAAGAAGGUAUAUAUAAAAAAAGAAAAGAAAAGAAAAAGAAACAGACUCUGAUCUCGGCAAGGCGUGGUACCAACAUAAUUUAGUAUUAUAGUUUUAUUAUUAAACUAGGAAAUAGAUCAGACAGGACAUCCACACACAGAUAUACAUAUAUUACAUAUAAGAAUAUAUAUGUUAAAUAUUAAUGCAAUGAUUACGAUUUACAUUGUUAUAAAUGAUCGUGUAUAAAGUUAUCUAAGUGAUUUCUAAGUUUUAAACGAAAUGGAAGUUGAAUAGAGAGGUAUGCCAUUAUGAUUUCUUAAGUCUCCUUGGUUACACUAUUACAGUUUCGUUUCUUCUUCUUCUUCUUUUUUUAAUUAUCCAAAUCGUGCAAGGUCAAGAUCAACAUUAAAGACCUUUCCUUAAGCUUUUUUGUUGUAGAACUGUUUUCUUCUUUUUAGCUGUAUUACAACUAACGAUAAGAAUUUCUCGCUGCAGAGCUUUUUAUUAAUUCUCAAUGAUCAGAUAAAAGAAAAGCUAACGAAAUCGUUGACCAUUUUUACGUAUUUUUAAAAGGUGAUCUUUGAACGCACUUACAAUUGUGCAAACCCACCCGUUGUUAGGCAGCGACACUUAGAUUAAAGGGAUGUGUUUGUAUUUCUUGUAAUCACUUUAUUUCUUACUCUAAGAUCUUUUUUUUUUUUCUAUAGUUCUUACACGAAUGACUUUCUUACUUAGCGUACUUCGUUUGUUUUUAUCUUUCUACUAUAUUUACAACAAGUACAUCAGAAUUGCAUCCAUUAUACACGCUAGACAUAAAUAGUGUCCAUCAAAAAAGUCGAAAUAAGCGAAAGAGAUUUUUUUUUUCUCUCUCUCUAACUUGAUAACAUGACCUUAUUAAUUUUCGACUGAAUGGUUCAAGAAUGCAAAUUACAUUCGAUUUUAAUGAAAAAUUAGAAAACGGUAAUAGCGUGAUUUUGGAUCUGAGCUCUCUAAAUUUGAGCAUUCUUUCAUAAUGUUUAUAGAAAAUCUUAUUUGACAACAUAUUUCGUACUUAAUAUCAUUUUUGAUGCUUCAAUGUAUAUGGACCAAAAAACGUCUUACGCCGAUUUUGUUUUACCAUUGCAACGACGAUUGUUUCAGAGAGUAGAGGACCAUUAAAUUCUGCGAUUAAUUUUAUUUAGUCACAUCUCUCACAGAGACUAUACAUAUAUAUACGUGCAGCUAUGCACAGAAAAUUUUUUACAUAUUCUUUAAUCUGAUCGAUUGCGUGUUCUGAAACAGGACUUGCCUACAGAACAGUGAAUACUAAGAUAUUUCAGAAAAGAAUCAUGUAUACUUUAAGAAAAUAAUAUUUACUGUAUUCUUUACUUUAAUUAACUUUUAUGCAACAAGUGGCAAUGUAUUUUGAUCUCUCUUUUUAGUCAGAAAUAUGUCGCUUUUUAUUUGGGGUGAGAAUUGAAUUCGCUAGGUGAUUGACUGAAUAAUGAAGAAACUUGUGUAUUUAAAUGAUAAUGUACAUGGCUUUCAUUCAACAACUGGCAGCUGUCACGAUUUUUACUUAUUGUUACCUUUCUUUUUGUAAUAAUUGAUCAUAAGUCUUGUUUUUACAUAUAAUAUAUAUAUAUAUAUAUUAUACAUAUUGUAACUUUGCUAAAUUGUGUACAUGUUAAGGUUGAAUUGGAACCAUCCAAAUGUAAUAUUGUUUUCACAUCCUGUUAUUUUAAUUAAUAAUACUUAAUUAUUAAGUAUUUAAGAAAAGCGUCGUUAAGAAAAAAGGAAAAAAUAUUUUUCUGUAAUUCGAAAUAAAUCUUUAUGAAGAGAAUAUGCGAAAUAACAAAAGUUGUUUUAAUUUAAUUUAAUUUAAUUGAAAACACGCGUGAUGGUUCCAAAUCGACCUGGAUUAAAGCGUUAUUUUUUGAGAAAGAAAAAAAAGAACAAAAAAUUAUGCAAUAUACAAUUAUAUGAAUUUUUAUUUCAACGAAAAAUUGCGAGGAAAAAUAGGAGGAGUAUGAAA